AUGUAUUCCGGUGACGCCUCCUCCUUCGACCCCAUGUUUUCCGCCACCAGUUUACAGUCACUCCUCUCUCUCAACCCUUCCCUCUUCGCCGAUGGCUUCCCCACCUUGGCUUCCCUAACCGACGAUCCUACUCUAAUUCCCCAACCCUCACAGCCCCCUAAACUUCUCGUCCCCAAAACCGAACCACCCCCUCAACCCUUCAAAUUCUUCCCCCAAUACCACCCCACCGCCUUCCACCGCCUCCCUCACCUCCGCUCCCCGGACCAGCCCCACCCCAAACGCCACCGCCUUGACUCUCCGGUGAUCCCGCAGAGCAACCUCGCUCGCCAACGCAGACAGAAGCUCAGCGAGAAAACGCGGUGCCUGCAGAAGCUGAUGCCCUGGGACAAGAAAAUGGACCAAGGCACGCUUCUGGAAGAGGCCUACAAAUACGUGAGGUUCCUCCAGGCUCAGUUCCGCGUGCUCCAGUCCAUGCCCUCCCACGCCUCCUCUUCCUCCCCUUCCUUCCGCCAAAACGGCACCGUAUUCGUGGAUCUCGAGAAGCUGAAUCGGUCCCAGCUCCUCCAGGUGCUCGUUAACUCCCCCGUCGCCCAAACCAUGCUUUAUUCCCAAGGUUUCUGCGUUUUCUCCCUCGAACAGCUGUCUCUUCUCAGAAAAUUAUCCGAGAGGAGGCAGCACCAGCACCCACACGUGACCGAUCCUGCUUCCUCCAAAUCUUUUUUCAACUAA